AAGGGACGCACGCGUUCUGUAUGAGUUUAAAUUGCAGCCAGAUAGAUACAACACAUUCCAGAAAUUAAAUUAAAUCAUCACGAUAUUCGUUUGUUAUUUAUUUUGUACCAGUAUUGGUUUGUUUAUUAAACGAAAAAAAAAAAGGUAUUUAUCGCGAAGUAAACACACGAAACAAUUUCUUUCGCUGUUUACAGCAGCUUUUUUGUUCAGUAACGGCGGUUUCGUAGUUUGUUCGUGAAAGCAUUAUUAUAAAUGAUAAGAAAUUAAUCACAAGUUAAAAGCAUCCAAGUACUGUUUGAUUGUGAUUGAAAAUCGAUCGAAUUAGGGUUUAUAAUGGGGUCGUGUUUUUCUGACUUGAAAGGAGCCAAACAAGCUGUCGGAGGUGUUAAUGCUCAAACUGGAACCACUAACAAUAACAAUGACGCCGUCGAUUUCUUCUACACCGCUCAAGGUUUUCAACCAUUGUUCACGCAUGUUGAGCUAUCUCUUUCAGCUUGUAACUUGCUUGAUCUGGACAUUGCAUCAAAGAGUGAUCCUAUGGUUGUAGUCUAUGCAAAGAAAGGAGAUGGAAGAUUGGAAGAAUUAGGACGCACUGAAGUCAUACCAAAUUCUUUGAAUCCAGAAUGGAUAGAAAAAAUUAGUAUUGCAUUUCAUUUUGAGAUGGUGCAACCACUUGUGUUUCAUGUGUAUGACAUUGACACAAAAUAUCAUCGUGUUCCCACCAAGACACUGAAACUGAGUGAUCAGGAUUUCCUUGGAGAGGCGAGUUGCACUUUAUCAGAGAUAGUGACCAAACCAAGCCGGAGCUUAACUGUAAAGCUUCAAAACAAAAGAGGGAUUAGUGGUCAAAGAAAACAAGGGGCAAUUACCAUUCAUGCUGAGGAGACUGUUGCUGCAAGGAGUGCUGUUGAGAUUAUCUUCCGUUGUUCUCACUUGGAUAACAAAGACAUUUUAUCUAAAAGUGAUCCUUUUCUAAGGAUAUCAAGAAUUGUUGAGAGUGGAGGUUCUGUUCCUAUUUGCAAGACUGAAGUUAAAGACAACAAUUUAAAUCCAAAAUGGAGACCACUUUGUCUUAAUUUCCAGCAGUUUGGAAGUAAAGAUAAUCCGUUACUUAUUGAGUGUUUUGAUUUCAAUAGCAGUGGAAAUCAUGCACUUAUAGGUAAACUGCAAAAAUCAGUAGCAGACCUUGAAAAGCUAUACCAAGAGAGAAAAGGCGCAAAUUUUGUCAUGCGAUCCACACGCAAUGGACAAGAGAAGGUUCUGAAGGGUCAACUCUUUGUGGAUCAAUAUUGUGAAAAGGAACAAUUCAGCUUUAUUGACUACGUAUCUAGUGGAUUUGAACUAAACUUCAUGGUUGCGGUAGAUUUCACUGCUUCAAAUGGAAAUCCUCAACAGCCAGAUUCUUUGCAUUACAUGGAUUUAUCUGGUCGGUUAAAUUCAUAUCAAAAGGCUAUAAUGGAGGUUGGAGAAGUUAUACAGUUCUAUGAUUCUGAUAAGCGGUUUCCUGCUUGGGGAUUUGGAGGAAAGAUACCUGGAGGUAUCGUAUCUCAUUGUUUUAAUCUGAAUGGGAGUCUAACUAGCUCUGAGGUUGUAGGAGUUGAAGGAAUAAUGGAGGCUUAUGGUAGUGCUCUACGCAGUGUCAGUCUAUCAGGACCCACUUUAUUUGGCCCGGUUAUAAAUUUGGCUGCACAAAUGGCUGCAGCGUCCCUUUCAUCAUAUAACAGCUCUAAGUACUAUGUAUUGCUUAUCAUAACGGAUGGAGUUGUUACGGAUCUUCAAGAAACCAUAAAUGCUGUGGUUAAAGCAUCUGAUCUUCCCUUAUCAAUUCUUAUAGUUGGUGUUGGAAGCACUGAUUUCAAGAGCAUGGAGGUACUGGAUGCUGAUAAUGGAUGUCGCUUAGAAAGUUCUACCGGUCGAAUAGCUACACGAGAUAUAGUGCAGUUUGUCCCCAUGAGAGAAAUACAAAGUGGACAAAUCUCUGUUGUGCAAGCUCUUUUGGAGGAACUACCUAAUCAAUUUUUGACUUUCAUGAGAAGUAGAGAUAUCAAACCACUUGUUUCCCAGUUCCCUCAUCCAUCCACUAUUCUAUAGAUAUUACAAUUAGAGACAGCCAACCGUUCUUCUCUGUAUAGAUACUUGAUCAACAAUCCUUAGAUAUUAAGUGGUACAUUUUAUUUGUGUUGGAUGCGGACGAAAUUUUAGGUCGCAAAUGCGUUUUUUCAUUCAAAUGAACUGUAAAUUGAAGCAUGAAUCUCUGCCAUAUGUAGCAUCUUGAUUAUGAAAGUUAGAUAGUAGUAGUUUAUGCUCUUUCUAUUUCAUGUUAGUUAGCUUUUAGUUUACAUUAUGUUAUUUGAUUCAGUUUCAAGUUGA